UCAGGACAGAGCUCUGACAAGGCCCGACAAUGCGCUUUGACGACGCUUUGAAGUUGGUGGGAGAAUUUGGAUUGUACCAGAAGCGUCUCUACCUUAUACUCUGUAUCGUGGCCAUCAGCAAUGCCUUGUUUAUGAUGGGGCACAUUUUUUAUCUCUAUACUCCAGACCAUAGGUGUAAAAUACCUGGAUUAGAAAAUGAUACUUGGGAAAUUCAAAGCCCAGAGCAUGCUCAUUUAAUUAACAUUACCAUUCCUCCGUCAAAUUUGCCUCUCUUUGAAUAUGACCGAUGUCACGUGAUUGACAUACGCACAUCUGGAAACCAUAGUGGAACUUCAGAGGUCAAAAAGUGCAAUGAAUGGGUGUACGACAGCAGUGUUUUUUACGUAACCUUUACAUCAAAGCAUAACUUGGUGUGUGGCGACAAAUGGAAGACUUCCAUGAUACAGGCUGUGUACUUUUUUGGUGUGCUGUGUGGGGAUCUGGGGUUUGGUAUGUUGGCCGACGUUAUAGGGCGCCGUACUACGUUCACUCUGUGUGCCGUAAUAUUGACCGGGGUGUCGUUUGGUGCCUCCUUUGCGCCGGAUGUCAUCAGUCUAGCAAUUCUAGAGUUCAUGAGUGGAGCAGCCAUGCACGCCGCCUUCAUCAUAGCCUGUAUAUUAAGCAUUGAAUUUGUCGGCCCAUCCAAGCGAGUAUUUGUUGGAGUACCUAUCCACAUGUUUUUUGCUACUGGAAUUGUCGUCCUAUCAGGCUUUGGUUACUUCUUUAGAAAUCAUCAAUACGUACAGAUCGGUACAGCAUGCACGUGCAUUAUAUACAUGUUCUAUUGGUGGAUAAUUCCCGAGUCUGCACGUUGGUUGGUCACUCAGGGUAAAUACAAAGAGGCCUCAGACAUCGUACAAAACAUAGGAAAAGUUAACAAGAAGCCUAUAGAGGGAGAGGACACUAUAUUUGACGAGAAGACCCUGGAGUUACCGAAAGGAGCACAACUCUGGCAUCUGUUUCAACAUCGGGUUUUGUGUGUUCGAACGCUCAUCAUUUUUUUCAAUUGGAUGAUUGUGAGUAUGAUGUAUUACGGAGUCACUAUGCACGCUCGUUACCUCGGAGGAAACUUCUUUCUCAAUUUUUUUAUCAUGGCUGUCGUUGAAUAUCCGGCGAACAGCUCUACUAUUUACUUCCUGGAGAGAUUUGGGCGGAAGAAAACUCAUUGCGCCUGUAUGUUUGUAGGCGGCAUUGCUUGCCUGUUGACAAUAUUUACUGUUUUAUAUGGCGGUGCAGAAUGGGAGCCUGCUACUAUAACGCUUGCCGUCAUAGGGAAGAUGGGGAGUGCUGCGGCGUUUGGGGUCAUCUACACCUUUUCAGAGGAGCUGUUCCCCACUGUGGUCCGGAAUGGGGGCUUAGGUGCUAGCUCCAGUGUAGCUAGGAUCGGGGGGAUGCUGGCCCCCUACGUGGCAAAAUCGGGUGAAGAAAUCGGCGGCGAUUUUGGUAAAGCCUUCCCCCUUGUGGUAUUUGGUGCUGUCAGUAUACUGGCGGGCUGUCUAGCUCUGGUUUUACCAGAGACCCUCCAUAGAAAAUUACCUGAAACUAUUGAGGACGCCAAAAUUUUCGGAUCUGAGGAGCAUCCAUUAUAUGAAACCGUCGAAAUAGAUUAUAAAGAUAAAGAGGAAGAAAAUGGAAAAUUAUUAUAGGAUUGUGGCAUGGAUAAAAAAAAAUACAUCAUAUACAGUAUGUUCCUGGCUGACGUAGUCAGUGAAAGGUUAUACAUUAACCGGAGUACCCGGAUGUUAGUGUAGCAAACUUUUUUCAA